GCAGCUUUACGCGAUCCCUGCUCUUCCUGAUUGAAAUUGAUAGGUUCGCGUUGUUUGCAUCACUUUGAAAAGCCAUUUCAUGCCGGGGCUUAGGGGCUCAAGGAAGCUGUUUAUAAUUUCAACAUUUAAAUAGGCUAUGUAGGCUAUAUAUUACUGUCCCGCAUGUUCAUUGCAGGCUAUGUAAGCAUAUAGGCUAUAUUACUGCCCCACAUGUUCAUUGCAUUGUUGGUCUCAGUAGCCUACUUCCUUAAAAGCGUUGAUACUUUGGGAGCUAUGGUGAGAGGGGAGCACAGGAGUUUGUCCUCCGGACACAGUGUACAAAAGUGAACUGUAGUUGUAUGGAACUCAGUGUAUGCUGUUGUGGCUCCUCUCCGCGGUUAAAAGAUAAACAACGUGCUCGACUCAACCUUAUAUAAAUGUAGAUCGGGUGCUGAAUCCUCGUAUAUAAUCCAAAGAACAAAAUCCUCCUCUUCGCCAUAUACAGGACAGACGCAAAACGGAUUCACUUUAUCGUCUCCUGUUUAAGAUUAUUUUCUAAACGGAAACCAUCUGUCGGGCUUCAGCAACAAGCAAUUGGUUGGGUGUUCAGAGGCAUUACUACAAUCAUUAUCUACCGCACCCUUCUCGUUCGUAAAUCCGACAGACUCAUGUCAGAGUUCGCUCCACCGUGAAGCAAGCCACACCACAUGCCUUCAAUGCUUUCGGUUUUUGCAAGGUUUCAGUGGAGUGAAUGAGAGAUCUCUUACCGAGUCCGGUAACGGUAUUAAUACGAGAUAUAAAGAUUUGGACGGUCCGAAGAUUCCUUAUUUUUUCCUCUUUCCUGUGAUUUUUAACCUCCGCUGCAGCCGGUCUGCUUUGGGACUUUUCUUUUAUUGUUUAAUAUGCCUCUGGUGAAAGUUAUGAGUUCUUUGACAAAGGGGCUGCUCUACGGCUUUUACUGCACUGUACGGUAGAUGAAUGCGGAGAGUGGAAGCGUUGUAACUCGAGGCGGGGUUAAAGUUCAGCUCUAUGCAGCGGUGAAGCGUUCGUUGCAGUUCGCAGAGUUGGAAAUGUGAAAGCAAGAAGCAGGCUGUAUUUUUCUCUCUCCUUUCUCCCUGUCUCUCCUUUUUUUUCUUUUCACACACACGGACACAGCCACCGCGCAUACAAGAGCACACACGGACAAACCCACACACAUACACACACACACCCACACACAUACACACGCAGACCCGUUACAGCAACCCAAACACACGCGCACACACAUACAUACACCCUCCAAAUCCAAGAUUAGAUACAGCAGAUAUGUAUUCACCACUAUGCCUAACACAGGAUGAAUUCCAUCCUUUCAUUGAAGCUCUGCUGCCCCACGUGCGAGCGUUUGCCUACACAUGGUUCAACCUGCAGGCCCGCAAGAGAAAGUACUUCAAGAAGCAUGAGAAGCGCAUGUCUAAGGAAGAGGAGCGUGCAGUCAAGGACGAGCUGCUCAGCGAGAAGCCUGAGGUCAAGCAGAAGUGGGCAUCACGCCUCUUGGCCAAGCUCCGCAAGGACAUUCGGCCAGAGUUCCGAGAGGAUUUUGUGCUCACCGUCACCGGGAAGAAGCCCCCGUGCUGCGUGCUGUCCAACCCCGACCAGAAGGGCAAGAUGAGGAGGAUCGACUGUCUGCGCCAGGCAGACAAAGUCUGGAGGUUGGACCUGGUCAUGGUGAUUUUAUUCAAAGGUAUUCCCCUUGAAAGUACUGAUGGCGAAAGGCUGGUAAAGUCCCCACAGUGCUCGAACCCAGGGCUGUGUGUGCAGCCUCAUCACAUUGGAGUUUCUGUAAAGGAGCUCGACCUCUACUUGGCCUACUUUGUGCAUGCAGAUGGCCAGUCAGAGAGUCCCAACCAGCAGAGUGAGUCUGAUAUCAAGGACCAGCCUGAGAACGGACAUCUUGGCUUCCAGGACAGCUUCGUCACAUCUGGGGUCUUCAGUGUGGCCGAGCUCGUGCGAGUCUCACAGACCCCCAUUGCAGCAGGGACGGGUCCUAACUUCUCGCUGGCCGACCUGGACAGCUCCUCCUAUUACAGCAUGAGCCCCGGGGCAAUGAGGCGACCCCUACCCAGCACCUCCUCUAGCAGCUCGGCCAAGAGGAUCAAGUGUAUGGAGGACGAAGUGGACAGUCCAGGAGAAGAGUCCUACUACCCAGGCCAGGGGCGCUCCCCGGGCAGCGGCAGCCAGGCCAGCAGCUGGCACGAAGUGGAACCAGCUGGAUAUAAACUGCGUGGCUCGCUAGCUAGUUCGUUCAUCUCAAGACAAGGGAUGCCACCGUCCACCACAUUAAAGAAGUCAGAGAAGUGUGGUUUCAGCAGCCCUGUCGUGCCUUCGCAGACCACUUCCUACUCCCCCCGAACGGCAUUCACACAUCAUCAUCGGCCUGUUAUUACAGGACCUAGAGCGAGUCCCCAUGCCACGCCGUCGAGCCUCCACUUCCCCACGUCGCCCAUCAUCCAGCAGCCCAGCUCCUACUUCUCCCACCCGGCCAUUCGCUACCACCCCCAGGAGAGCCUCAAGGAGUUUGUCCAACUUGUCUGCCCCGACUCUGGCCAGCAAGGAGGACAGGUGGGCUUCCUUAACCCUAAUGGUAGCAGUCAGGGGAAGGUCCACAACCCGUUCCUGCCCACCCCCAUGCUGCCCCCUCCGCCUCCGCCCCCCAUGGCACGUCCUGUGCCCCUACCUGUGCCAGACUCCAAACCUCCUUCCACCUCCACCGAGGGAGGGGGCAACUCCCCCACCUCGCCAACCUACUCCACACCAAGCACGUCCCCAGCCCAGCGCUUCAUCAGUGUGGGCCCCCGAGACCCCAGCUUUGUAAAUAUCCCUCAGCAGCCCCAGUGGUACCUGGGCUAAGGACUCCAGAACCCCUCGUCGCCCGCUGGACAGAUCGCUGGACCCCCUACUUUCUCCCCUGAGUGCGACCCGACCUGAAACCCCAAUCCCCGCAAAUGUGCUCACCUGUUUGACAGAGAGAAGCCCAACCCCUCAAAUCUGUCACUGUCUCCCACCCCCCCAGCCCCAGCGCCUGAGAGACUUGAGCAUCAGCAUGGCUACAACAGACCACCCCCCCUAUCCCAUCCCCCGAAAACAAGAGCAGAGCUAUUGACUGCUUACACACACGUACUAUAUAUCUAUACAGCCCAUAUAUAUCCCUCCUUCAUAUGGUUUAUAUGCCUAUAUUCAUAUAUAGUACCAGUCCCCCCCCCAACUGUCUAUUGGAAGUGCUAGCUGGAGCUCCGAGAGAGAGCUAGCGUUUGUCUCCUGGAAAAGAACGUUGUGUUUUUUAAAUUGUAUUUCUUCUCGUCGCCCCCACUUUGCCGCAGAGGGGGGAAUCAUCACGUGACUAAAUCAAAGAGCUUCCCUCAACCUUUCGUUGCCGUAGCCGACCUGUGGAGAAGGUCCGGCAACCAAGGAAUGCACAGAGACCUAAGCGUCCCGUGUACGUGUAUGUAUACGAAACAAAUGUGUAUAUAGCUCUGGUGUUGUCACACGUCCUGAAACGAGAGGAAGAUCAAAGCUCUUGUUUCUUUUCUCCCCUUUUGUCUCUGUUUCCCUCUCUGGUUGUUUUUGGUUCAGUGGCUCACGGAUGUAGAGGUUUUAGCUGGGUCAGAUACCAACCAGUUAAUACCUCUCUGUGGGCUGCCCACCCCCACCAUCUCUCCACCCCCCACCCCACCCCACCCCAACCCUACCCCGCACCCACCCUGAGGAGGGACACUCCCUCCACAGCCAUGCCAAGAGGUUAAAGGUCUGAAGGUCUUCACCCGGCCACAGGGCUUUUCCAGGGACAUCAGUGCAACUGAAAGCCCAUGCAGAGGAGAACAACGAACCACCACACUAUGAACUCAUAGGGGACAAGAGAGGGGAUGGGGUAUUCAUGUUUAAUUAUGGUCAAUCAGGUGACAUAUUGAAACUGGUUUAAGGCUGCAAUGAGAAGAGAAGUAUUUCAACGAGAGGCUUGUGAGAAAAUAACUUCUGACUGGGAGGCUUGUUCAUGUUACAUUUUUGUAUAGAGGUAAUUUCAGUUCAAACUAACAGUCUGUACGAUGCUAUACAAUGCAAAAUGGCGGGUAGAAUGUCUUUAAUUCUACAAACUGACUGGAGACAUCUAUGACUAUGGUGAACAGUGGAAUAUUGAAUUGAGGACAGUGCAAUUUCGUUGGAUAGCGGUUGGAUAAUUAAAUAUCUUUGUAGGAUAUGUCUUUGAAAUUGUUGAAAAUUAUAUAUAUAUUUUUCUUCCUAGUCCAUUCACACCUAAAAAAUAUCGGGGUACAAAAAAAAGUUAACUAGAACGAUGGCCUUGUGAGAAAAUAAGGGUUUGUGUUUAGCUUUUGUUGUCUUUUAUUUGUUUGUUCGUUCAUCUUGUAAAUGUGUUAGUAUUGUAGAAUGUAAAAAAAUGUAAUCCCUUUUAGAAAUAUUGUAAUUUUAAACAAUCAAUUUGAAAGAAUUUCUUGCAGCUUUGAAUCUAGACUGCUAUUCAUUUUUUUUUUUUUAAAGCUAAGUGAUUAACUUAUUUUAAGAAAGCACAUGAUUUUAAAGAAAAAAGUAGCGGUUGAAAUUUCUCAAGAGGCAAAAUCAGGAACAUACAAUACGAGCAAAUAUCGUAAAAAAAAAUAUUUACUUUCGGUUGAAAAGAUAAUCUAAAAAAAGGCAUCCAAGUUCUGGUUUGCCUGGUUGAUUGGCUAGGCCUUCUCUAAGCCUUGUCCAAUCAGAAGCACUUAUUCAUGCAGUUGGUUUAUGGGCUGGGAGUCUAAUCAGAGGGUUGAAGUUGAGUGAGAAACAGUGACCGUUUGAGUUUCAAAAAGUUGAUAUCUACAUCAAGGCAAGAUCGCAACCAGACGGCAAAGCUUUUCAGUCGCUUCGCAUGAAACUUACCAUUUUAUUGAAGUUUUGUUUUGUUUUUGUUUCCUAUACUAUACAUACUAUAUAUAUAUAUAUAUAUAUAUAUAUAUAUAUAUAUAUAUAUAUAUAUAUAUAUAUAUAUAUAUAUAUAUCACACACACUGUUAAGACCGACUCAUCCACCGUCGAUGAAAACUGAAUAAAAGUAUUAAAAAUGUUUUAGUUUUUUAUCUGCAUGUUCUAGUGUUAGUGACAAAUCUUUACAUAGAUUAGAGGUCAUGUAUAAAAACACAGUAUUAUAAUCCCAACAUCAGCCACUUGCCAACAGACUAUAUUUGUUUGGCCGUACGAGAGGCUUUUUUUUUUUACUGCUGUCCUUCACAAUCAACCAGCUGAACGUCUUUCAGACUCUUCUUCGCUUCUCAUCAUUUCUGAAUCAUUUUUCCUCUCUUUCGUUCCCUCUUGAAAUUAUCAACAAAAAAACUCAAUCUUAAAGUAUAUAUUUCGUUCAUAUGUUCUCGAAUUGCACGAAACAAUUGUUCCUCAUCAAUGUGCCUUGAGCGAUGGUCUAGUCCUGAGCUGUUGCACAAUGUUCCAAUGUGGAGAGUUUAUGUUUUUUUUCUUUUUUUGUUCGUCCCCCACCUCCCAUUGUGUAGGAAACUGAAUCUAAGUUGUUAUACUGAUAAGAAACAUGAAUGAUGAAAUUGAAGACAUCUCAGGCCCAUACAACAGUACUUUGCUCACUGUGAUGCAACAUCGAGGUGCUGUUUGUGUAGAAGACCUGAAACACUAUCUCUGUCUUGUACUGCUGUUUAACUAGGCCAGUCAUUCACCCCGAUAUGACCCCCCUUUUUAGUCCUUCAGUAAGUAGGAAAAGAGCUCCUAGGCGCUUUAUAUCUUGUAGAUAGUUUAGUUAACCCCCCCAGCCCCCGACCCUUAACCCUUUUUUGUGUUGAGAAUAUUAGUCUAUUGAUAUUUAUGGAUGUUGCUGCAAUUUCUAAAUGGAAACUACUUUUUGCUUUGGAGUCUUCCUGUUUUUGUUUUUUUUUGUUCCCAGAAAUGAAUAAUGAGAAAAUAAUAUGCAAUACCUGCUUGCACUCAUGUAGACAGUCAUUUAGUCCUUUUUUUGUGAUGUUUUCUAUUUUAUUUUCAACCAAAGUUAGGUUGCACUUGACUGGCUACGUGGUUGGUGGUCGGUCCCUUUGGCAGACCCGCUCCAGGAGAACAAAGGGCUCGCAAAUCCCAGUCAGCCUCGCUCGGGUAUUUUGCGGACACUAACAAGAUGACCGCAAAAUAUAUUAGGGUUCUCCUUUUUUUUUGGGGUCACAAGCCUUAAACAAGUCAUAUUUCCUCUCCAUCACAAAAUCCACAUUUGACAGACAAAAAAAUAUAACGUCCAACAAUAACAAAAUUCCACUUUCAAAAUCCUCCAUUUCAACGGACUUCCAAGUUACGUAUAUUAAUUGUUUACCUGUUUAUCUGUCUAUUACGUAUAUCAUUUAAAAAAGUAAAUUGUAUGUUUUUUUGGGGGGAAGCCUUCGUGAUGGGUUUAGUAGAAACACUUCGUGGGUUGUGUUUGUCCUUUAGUGUGACAGUUUUUGUCUUUGUUCUUGCCUAUCCUUUAGCGAUGAGUUGGGCAUUACUUUCCUAAUUAUCUGCACUAAAUAUGAAAUAAAUGACAAUAGUGAGAAUUAUUGAAAAAAAAAAACGGCUUCCACGGCUUAAAAGCGAAGGGAAAAAACAAUUGCACGGACAUUUUUUGUCACAAAACCUCGUUAUGAACAGCCUAGCAUCUAAUCAGCAAGAUUUGGCUGUGUGUGUGUUUAAGAUACGACAAAAUUGCACCCUUUUUAAAGACAGAAAAAAAGAAGCAAUCGUUUGGGCAGUGUGUUUUUGUUCUUGUGUUGUGUGUGUUGUGCGUAAUUUAGUUCUGAGUAUAGAAGUGGGGAGAAGAGUCGAUGAUGACAAAGGAAUACCUUUAAAAAAAAGACAAGGAAGCUACGGAGCAAGCAGGGCCGAAAGGACUGACUGUGGGAGACGUGGUGUAUGUAUGUUGUAUAGGUUUAUUAAUUACACUGAUUUUAAAGCUGCCCUAUUUUAUAAUGCAGGACUUUUGUAACAUUGAUUAAAUGAGGAAAAAACUAGUGUUGUGAAUUUUCUGAUUGUUUGUAUUAAGGCCACAGUAACAGAGCGGGGUUUGUUUGUUCUCUGGGAACUGGAUUUAAGUUGAAAACUUUCCCGUUUUCCUUUUCUUUUUUUAAAUUUCUUUUUUAUUUAAGGACUUUUUCUUCUUUUGAUGGUAUAGCAUAUUCCCAUACUUAAAAAGUAUAGGGUAUUGAGGUGAAAAGCCCAUUGUAAAUGGAUGUGACAGUAUGCUGUAUGUUUUGAAGGUUAUUUGUUGCAUCAGUGUUGAUGAAGCUAAAUUUAGGUCAUUCUAAGGAAAUUGGUAAGAAAAGAGACCGUUUUUUAAUGCAUAAAAUGAGUUUAGGCAGACGACAGUGACAUAGACAGCCAAAGGAUGCCCCUAUUAUAAAUGCAUCCAGGCAUCUUUUUUUUUUGUGUUCACCAUUCCAUGCAGGAAAAUAAACAGCUUGAUAUGCAACAUGA